UACUUUGCAAUAAUUUUAAACAUAAAAUCACUAAUUUUUCUGAAAGAAGCAAUAAAAAUAAAAUAAAAGGCUCCACUAAUUAGCCCUGUCGCCCCCCCCCCCCCCCCCUCCCCUUUUUUUUAACUAUGGAAUAUGCUAUUUGGGAUUCCAAAAUUGUUAUUUGUGAUUGAUAAAAUCUGAAAUUUGUGAAUUUUGUUUGACAGAGAUGGCACUAAGAGGUGUUUGGCAGCUAAAGAAAGUGGUAGUUAGCUAUUGCAAUUGGGGUGGCAGCAGUAGGGGAAUUAGGGCAUUCAUGGAGUCUGAAUUGCCAGCUUUCAAGGAGAAAAAUCUGCAGCUUUGGGUGGUCACUGAACUCAAUCGUGGUCAACAUCCUUUCUUGAAGGGAUUAUACAAGAACAAGAAUGAGCGCGUUGUAUGUGUGAAAAAUUUGAGUCCAGACGAAGUACUUGAAGCAGCGACCAAGCUAAGGAAUUCGCUUGGCAGAAAGGUGGUAAAGCUGAAGACUCGUCAUGUCACUAAACAACCAAGCGUUCAAGGUACAUGGUCAACAGCAUUGGAGUUAUAAGACAAAAAGAAAGUUUUAUGUAGGUGUUUCCUGUCUUCCUAGGUUUUAUCAGAUGAAUCUGUAAGUCAUCGGUGUAGUCUUUUUUGGACAAACAAGCUACAGAUUAUGUGGUCUACAUGUAUGAGAAGGUAGACUUUUCCUAUCGGUAAUUCACUCGAUAAUGUAAUAAUUUACUCGUGGUGAUAAUUUUUAAGGGGGUGCUAUGUUGAAGAUGCUAUGGCCUAUGAAUUGAAUGGAAAUUGCGUGUAUUUGUUUUGGA